GGGCGCGUCGCGUACACGUCUUUCGUUACUCUGGUGAUAAAUAUGUGCAACAAAAGUGACAGUGCCUAAGUUUGUGUCAAUAAACACGUUUAGUGUCUGAUUAUAUCGGUGAUAAGAAAAAGUCGUGGAUAUGAAAUGGGCAUUCAAGUAUGCGUUAUUUGGUUGCUUGUGCUCAUGACCAUCGCCCCGACCGGAAGCGAUUGGCUGACCUGCGGCAAUAUACCAGGAUGCAACUGCAAAUGGUCCUCGGGAAAGAAAACGGCAUCAUGCUCCUCGCUGGGAUUAAAAACACCUCCAGAAUUGGAAUCGGACAUUCAAGUUCUUGACUUGCACGGGAAUCCACUAGAAACAUUAGGAAAAGAUGCUUUCCUGAGAGUGAAUAUGAUAAACCUACAAAAGGUCAAUCUGAGCUCGACAUGUUUACGGACACUGCAUUCAAACGCAUUCAAUCACCUUCGGAUAUUAAUUGAAUUAGAUCUAUCCCAGAACGAACUGUCUCAGCUAUCCCCUGACCUAUUCAAGGCCACAGAACGUUUGAGAGUCCUAAUACUUAACGAUAACCCUCUAACGACGCUCGUCGCCGAGCAAUUUCCUCCGUUGAGAUAUUUGAAGAAACUUGAAAUUUCACGUUGUAAACUUCGCUCAGUGAGCUCGUUCGCUUUCACGAAUUUAAGAGCAUUGGAAUCGGUCAAUAUCCAACAAAAUUAUCUAACGCACCUGCAUCAAAGUACUUUCAAUCUACCCCUCAUGAAUACUCUCUCCCUGUCGGAUAAUCCUUGGCAUUGUGAUUGUGGACUGCGCGAAUUCCACGACUGGUUCGUGAGUAGUAAUUUGGGUAAUGAAGAAGUUUUAUGUCUCGGUCCGGAAAGUAAAGCAAAUCUUUCAUGGAGUGCUCUGAAGCGUGAAGAUUUCUUCUGUUCACCAUCUGUACUUACUUCACCUACCGUCAUAAGAACUGAAGUGGGAGCAGACAUCAGCUUUGGGUGUUUUGUUCGCGGUGAUCCCAAGCCCGUGGUAACUUGGUCACUUAAUCGUGCUGAUGUGUUUAACAACAUUGAAAACGGUGAAAUCACUAUUCAUAGAUACGAUAUAGACAAUUUUAAUGAGUACACGGACUAUUACUUAAACAAAAGUUCACAGUGGGUUAACAUAAGUAUAAGUAAUAUUACCAACGAUUUAGCCGGUGAAUGGAAGUGUAGUGCCAAAAGUUCUGUAGGAGAUGCUUCAACCUACUUGACUAUUCUUUUACCUAAAGCUAGAACAGCUAGAACAGCGACCGCUAGGGUAGUACCCGACUAUUCUGCUUUUUUCCUGAUCGCGGGGUCCAUGUUAGCUAUGACAGCAGCAGGAUUUGUAUCAGCGUAUAUCUGCUGGAAGACUAGACGCCGAAGAAUCCCACCUAGCAGAAGUUUCACGGACCAAGAGAAGAAGCUUUUAGAUUCCUCAUUGGCUGCAAGCUGUGACAGAGCAAGUGGAGAUAUGAGCUUGUCUUAUGGAUUUGAAAUGUUAGAUAGAUCCAUGUCUUUGGACAGCGAAGACAAUAGAUGCUUAGAACCGGUCCAAAUUACAGUAGAAGGUCCGCCGGGGUCCUUCCCUCCCCCGCCUGCGGAGUUCGCCUUGCCGGCACCAUAUGGGAAUAUUUUUAUAUCAGUCCAAGUUUCUGGUCACAACGAUGAAUACCCUGAUUUAUUGGGUGGUGGAACAACAUUACCUAGGCGGAAUACGACAUGUUUCUUGAAAUCUACUUACGAUAAUAUGGGUCCUAGGAUUACGGCAGCCGGUAGUUCGACGUGGUCUUUGCCGGGUGCUAAUGACAAAAAUACUGUCAAAGAGAAUCUCUUGACGACGCCUCUGUCGAACUUUUCUACUGAAUUUACCGCUUUGUAAAUUACGAUACUUAUAAGUUUUCAUAGGGAUUUUUCAAAGUUCUAAUAAUUUAGUUUCGUAAAGGUAUCGUCUGAUAAACAUGGAAUUUAUAGUUUAAUCCUUAAAUAUGCAUUAACAAGACGUGGCGUGUGCCACACUGGAGGGCCGAUAUCUGAUUUAAGGCAGCUUUUUGGAGACGUGCCCAUUUCUGUUUAUGUGAAUGGUGUUAACUAAUUUGAAUGAUUUUUACAUCGAUUGCUCGUCUACCUCUGUUUCCAUAGACUCGCAAACAAGCAAGGCACCAUUGAGCAAGACACUAACAGCUUAAAUAAAUAAAUACUUAUACCGUUCAGAAAUACUGAAAUUACGAAGGGACUACUUUUAUUAGCGUAUAAUUUUAAUCUGCGACCUUUUUUAAAAGUGAUAUAUAGGAUAAGCAGUGCCUUCCUGAUGGAUUCUUGAAUAUCAUAACUCAGUCUGAUUUUUCUUUCAGCUCUGCUGUUGAGGUAUAAAUAAAUAAUAAAAUAUAAUGCUGAUUGUGUCUGCUGGAGAAAGAGUUGCGUAUGAUAAAAUUUAAAGUACAUAUCAAAUUUAGUCAUAUUAAAAUAGAUAUUUCCAUUUUUAGGAGGUUUUGUAAAAUAUGCUUUGGAUAGUUUGGUUUAUUUUGGUUUAGUUUAUUCUGUAAUACUCAUGUGUGUAGACGUAUAAUUUGAAAUACCUAUAAAAUAGAUAGCUUAAUCUAAUUAUGGUACAGGUCAACAAUCUUUGGAUACAAAGCUUUACUAUUCUUAAGUCAAAAAUGGCUUUAUUUUAAUAGUGAUUUCGUUAAUAAUUCAUUGUUCUUAUGCACAAUUCCAGUCUUUACUAUCAUUAAUAACCUGUCGAAGGACGAUGUUGUUUGGUCAGAUCGAUUGAAAACCUACAACAAGUUCUGAUUAAGCUAAAUUCAACUUUGUACAGCGAAUUAGUAGGUAUAGUUUUGCCUGUAGUAAAUUUGUCUUAUACUAUAAUUGGAUUUAGUUCGGAUAUAUCAUGUCAAUGAUUAAAUUAUGAAUUUCGGUUUGUUCAUAAAAUGUUUUCUAUUCUUUAAGCUACGUCACUUUACAAAAAAUUGCCAUAGUCUAGGUAUUUGUAUAUAAAUAAAA